GCGGCUGCGCCUGACUGCCCGUGGGGCUACUGGCUGGCCGUGGGCGCGGUCAUCGGCGUGUUGGUGGGCUGGGCCAUCAUCCUCUUCAUCAUCUUGCUGCGUGGACUGACCACGCGGGCUCUGAAGGUCUACGGCUUCGACCCUGUGCCGCGGGCAGACAUCCUAGCUUUGAAGAGGCAGGCGGCGGUGCAGGCAGCAAUUUUGGGAGACGGCGACGCCGACAUGGAGAUCGAGCAUUUUGCCUGGGUGAUCUCAGAGGCGGGCCACCUCCGCUUCGCGCAGACCCUGACCGACCAGGAGGUGGAGCAGGCCACGCUGGGGCAGACCAAGGGGGUCGCUCUAGUCAACGGCCUGGAGGUCUUCGUGGAGAAGAUCGAGGCGGAUCGCGCGAAGAUCGAGAAGUGGAAGGCCGAACGUGAAGCUGGAGCAGGUGACCUACGCGUGCUGGGUGAUCACCGCGACGCCUCAGGUCGUCGCCAUCUCACUCUCACCGAGGGCGUCUCCAUGAUGAGGGAGACCUCAUUCGAGGACUGGAACAUGCCUGGACCUCGGAUCGCAAAGGAGUGGCUUGUUUCUGUUCGAGAUGGGCCGGGCGACCUGACCACCUACCACAGCCAGUGGAUGCGACGCUCGGGCGUCGGAGAGGGCACAGCUGUGGCCCACAUCCACUUCGUGAUGUGCGAGAUCGUGCGGCUGGCCAUCCAGGUCGAUCAGUUGGACGUCUCCAACCUGAUGAGCUUCGAGCUCGCCAUGCGCAGGAUCUGCCAGGACGAGACGGCCGUUUCGCGCAACCCUCGUCACCCAGACUACGGCGGGCUCGACAUUGUGCUGCACGCUCCGGUCUCGGAGCAGGGCCAGGCCAGCACGGACAGAUUCACAGAGUGGGUCACUGCCCGCUUGAAGGAGCGCGCCUCGAUCUACAAGCAGACUCGCCUCUGGAACGAGGAGCAGCGCGCCCUGCAGGCAGCCCGCACCUCGGUGGACUCCAGCAAGGGAGGCCUCACAGCCGAGGGGGCCGCGCGCGAGCUGCUGGCCUCGAAGGACCUGUAUAGCCAGGAGCCGAAGCACCUAGCGCCGUUCGACCUGACAAAGCUCAAGGUUGCCAAGGGACGCGCCCGGCCGCGGUCUGUGGCCAACUUCCUACCUCCGUUGGCUGGGGAGAUGAUUCGUAACCCAGCGCAGUACAUAGCGAAGGAUGAGGGGGAGAUGGAGUUCACACGUCAGACAACUGAUCCCAUCAAGCCUUACUGGGAUCCAGUGCUUCGUUCUAGCCGACUGGAGCGAUGGAGGCUGUUCCGAGUGCUGUACGAGCUGGGGCUCAUCACGUUCAGGCCCCGACUUCGCGCUCGAGCCGCCUUAUUUUUUGUGAAGAAAAAGAAGCCUGGCGAGAUCAGAAUGAUAGUUGAUGCGAGGCAGGCCAACGCCUGCCACCGUGCGCCUCCGACCACUCGCCUUGGGUCGGCAGGCGCCCUCGCGGACCUCGACUUCUCCGACGGGGACGGCUCUUUCGGCGGCGUCGGCAGCGUCGUCGGCUGGGACCCCCACGGGAACGAGGCGGACGUCGAGGAUUGCUUCUAUAACUUUUCAAUAGACGGGCUGGCUGAGUGGUUCGGUUUCGACGACCCGCUGCUCGCUGCCACUAUCAGGGACACCUACGGCAUCAAUAUUGGCUCUUAUUGGGACCCAGAUCUCCACAGGAUGGUUGCGGCGACUGACGACGUCGUGCUGUGCCCGUGCAUGCGCGCCAUGUGCAUGGGCUGGUCUUGGGCUUUGUUUUUCGCGCAGGAAGCUGUAUCAGCUAUGACCUCCCGCGCCCUUCGGCCUUGCUCGACUCUGGAGCCGGCCAUGGUGAGGGAGCACCUCCCAGCGCCUGACCUCAACGAGUCCGGGGUCAUGGGCAGCGUCUACGUUGAUAACAUCACCGUCUUGGGUAAGACUGCCGCUGUGGCCCGUGAGGCCAGUGCCGCCCUUCGCGACGAGGCGGAGCGCUGUGGUCUCCCCAUCACUUGGUCGUACCCCGACGUCGUCACCCAUCUGGAGACGGCGGGGAUCGAGCUUGAUCUGAAGCAGGGGCGCCUACGCAACAAGGCCUCCCGAGUCUGGAGGUUCGACCUGGCCACCCGGGCGCUGCUGGCCCGGGGUAAGAUGCGAGGUGAACACAUGGAGGUCUGGUUGGGCCACGCGGUCUCCCUGCUGAUGCUGGCCCGUCCAGGCUACGCUGCGCUGUCCGCCGUCUACCGGUUCGCGGAGGAGGCCUGGGGCAUGCGGACUGUCUUGCCUAGCGAGGUCAGACAGGAGAUGCGCAUCGUGGUCGGGCUGGUCUGGCUCGCGGAGGUCGACCUGGCAGCGCCCUACGUGCCGCACGUGUACGCCAGCGACUCCGCCGACCACGGGUACGGGCUCAUGUACAAGAGGGCCUCGCUCGGCGACUUGCGCUCGGCCUUCCGCUGGAAGGAGAAGUGCGGCACGGCGCCCGCGACCGCCUUCGGCCAGUGGCUGCAGCGCCGGGCGGAGGAAGGCCAGGGCUUCCUGGAAUUGUUCUCGGGCGAGGGCGGGCUCUCGGAGGCCUUCAAGGAGCUCGGCCUGAAGACCUUCCCCGGGAUGGACAUCAAGGACGGGGCCCACUAUGACCUCCUGGAUCCUGUGGUGCAGCUCGUUAUCUUACAGGGUAUUCGAAAAGGGCUGUUCUGGACCUCGAGGCUCUGGGACUUUGACCCCGUUCGAGAGCUCACCAACCUUCCUGACGUGAUUCAGAUUUUUCUCGUGCACUGCAGCUAUGGGGCCCCGCACUUGAAGCGGACUAAGAUCCUCGCGAAUUUCUUUGCCUUGUCGUCCCUGAGCUCAGAGUGCUCCAGAGAUCACACGCACGUGGAGCUCAGGGGUUUCGAGACAGUUACGUUGCCAUCUGGGGCUCGGGUCAGACGCAAUCGGACCGCUGGAGCGGGGGCCUACCCCCGCAGGCUCUGCAAGGCAUGGGCUCAUGCGGCCGCUCUGACCGCGCCUGCUGGCGCCCGCGGCGACCUGGGCGCUGCUGACGGCGGAGACCUGGAGGCGCAGCUCCGGGAUGCUUCGCAGCGGCCAGCUUCGCGUGCCCGAGAGCGCCUCAGGCCGGCUCGGCAGCGGCUCCAAGCGGAGCCUGCGCCAAGAGAGGCCCGAAAGGUCGCUGGCCGUCGCUGCCGCGCCUCUAAGUUCGUGGAGUCCAUCAAGGGUCACACGUUCAAGUUCGGGCCCCGCGCCCCUGUCCCUGCUGAUGGAGGCGUGGCCCGUUUUGGUUCCAUCACCGCGGCCUCCUUGGAGCGGUAUGGCGCCGCAGUUCGUGACUUCUUCGACUGGGCCACGCGAGGUGAUGAGGACCUGAGGGAGGCACCCGAGUCCAAGAUUGACCAAUUAAUGUGCAAGUAUUUUGACAAGCUGAUGAGUGAUGCAAGACACCCAGCUGAGGGCCGCUACGCUCUCUGGGGCUACCUGACUUUCUUCCCGCGCUCUGACAUCGCCAAGUCUGCUCGCCUCAUGAUGGCCAGGGAGGCUAUGAAAGGCUGGACCCGAAGAUUCCCUGGCUCGUCUCGCCACCCAUGGCCGCUGUCAGUUUUCUUCCUGUUCAUGACAGUCUUUAUGAAAGACAAGCACAUCGAAGCCGCAGUAGCCUUAGCCAUCCAGCUGGACGCCUACCUGAGACCCUCAGAGAUCUGCGACCUACGGUGGUGCUCGGUGGUUCGCCCUUCGUCAUCAUCGUCGCGUCUGGCCCGAGGCCGCUGGGCCGUUGUUAUCGGCAACUCAGACCUUGGUGAGACCACCAAGACAGGCGAGUGCGACGACACCGUGGUGCUCAACUCGCCGGGCCGAGACUGGGUCGGCUCUGUCCUCGAGAUGUGGGCCCGGCGGCGCUCGUCGAGCUCGCGCCCAGAGGACCUGGUGUUCCCGAACCUGUCCUUGGCCAAGUAUGAGGUCAAGCACGUCGUGCUGAGCGGCGCGUGGCUCGACAACCUGCGCCUGCGGGUCCAGCCCUACACGCGCGACGUCGGCGGCUCCAACUGGGUGGGGAACAAGGUGAUGACGAACUUCUCACUACAGCUUGGCAGUUCCCCUUGGAGGUCUUUCACGCGCAGCGACUCCAAUCGCCAGGUCGCUGUCGUCGGCCGCCUGGUGGUCUCCUUCGUGUGGAGGGAGCAGUUCGGUCAGCGAAUGGAGGCCCAAAGCCUGGAGCUCUCCCUGGGUGAAGGAAACAGGACGGCGAAGCUCACCAUCUCGCAGGCGUCGCACCAGGCCCUGAACCUCGACAUGCACGGCUUCGGCCAGCUGGGCUACUCGAGGAUGGGCGGCGUCCUCGGCACCGAGGGGCACUCCCUGUCGAUAGAGGAGGCCACCAGCGAGUGCAAGGCGUCGACGAGCCACGUCAGCCAGAGGCACCUGCUGGGGCAGCCGCCGCCGGAGCGCGCGUCCACCGUGAGAGUGUCGUGGGGCUGACUGCCGGCGGCGGCGUGGCCGCGGCCGCCCGCCCCCGUCGAUGGUUGACCGCGGGGGCGCGCGCGCCGCGCCGCAGUGCGGGCGCUCGCGGAAGGCGCCUGAGCAGCGCCUCGCCGCGCGCGGGGGGGGGGGGGCAGCUGGCAGAUCUGCUUCCGUGGG